AUGUAUGUGAAAUGCUUUAAUACAGUAAUGUUAUACUGUGUGAUUUUAGUGAAUUUAGUGAAUGUCACUUUUUGUCAUUUUUAAAUUUCCCGCCGUUCCGUCCCCAGACGUCGCAGGGGACAGAACCCAGAAGACAGACGCCGGCAUCCGCUGGAGUAUAUUGCAGGAGGGACAUCGUGGGAGCGCAGGACAAGGUAAGUGCAGAAGAGAUCCCGAGAGCAAUGCUGCAGGGUAUUCCCCAGUUUAGCUCGGGGUUACCGCUUGUGCUACACUCGGGAAUACCGCCAGGGAGGUUA